UGUCCAAUUAGAUUCUUAUCUUUCAUGAUAUUCGUACACUUAUUCAAAUAAUAAUUAAAACAAAAUAAUCAAUAUAUACAACAAUGUUGCAAAUGAUAUAAAAUUUUUUUGAUAAAAUUAAAUAUUGAUUCAAUAUUCAAAUUGAUAUAAUUAGUUUAUUAUUGCAGAGAUCAACAUGGUGGUAUGUUAAAUUUUCCAUUACAAAUUGUGAUAAAUUAGAUUGUUUAUUCACGAAAAUGUCACGUUAUCGUGAAUGGGAUCUUUCAUGUAAAGUUUAUGUCGGUAAUUUAGGAAAUAGUGCUAGUAAACAUGAAAUUGAAAGUGCAUUUAGUAAAUAUGGUCCGCUUAGAAAUGUGUGGGUUGCUAGAAAUCCACCGGGAUUUGCUUUUGUAGAAUUUGAAGAUCCACGAGAUGCAGAAGAUGCAGUUAGGGGAUUAGAUGGAACACGCUGUUGUGGAACUAGAGUAAGAGUAGAAAUGUCUUCAGGAAGAAGUAGACGUGGAGGUGGUGGACGAAGACCAGGUCCAAGAUAUUCCAGGUCCAGAUCUCGCAGUCCCCGAAGGAGAUCAUUGGGUCGUUAUCCAAGGUCCUGUUCAAGAAGUCCACGCAGAUCACCAAUAUGCCGGUAUUCCAGGUCAAGAUCCCGUAGCCCGCGCAGAAGAUCUUUAAGCCGUAGCCGCAGCCGAGAUCGCCGUUCUCGUUCGGAUUCCCGUGACAGACGGUACUAACAUUAGAUAAAUUAAAUUAGAUAAAAAAAUUAAAAAAAAAAAGAAAUAGGUUUUAUUUGAUUGAAAAUGAAAAGAGUUUGAAAAAGAUCAUCUUUGUAUAUAUUUUCUUACUAUGACAUGUAAAAUGAAUGUUUUUGAUAAUGAGACUUAUAAUCAUUCGAAAAAAUUAAAAACAACAAAAAGCAAGUGAUCUAAAAUUUUCUUAUAUAUAUAUUUUUUUAAUUAAACGAAAUAUCCUUAUCUAUAACUUUUAAAUUUUAAUCUCUGAUAUUAAGUAUUUUAAAAUAUAUAAAAUAAUUUAGAUAUAAUUUUUUUGUAUUCUUUUUAUACUAAUAUUCUCAUUUAUAGCAAAGAAAGAUGAAAUUAAAUUCUAGAUUAAAUGAAAUAAA